AUGAAAGCGAACGAGCCUCAACUUUGGGGGCUGUUGAUUGUGUUAACACGUGAAAAGACUUUUCAAAAUGGCGGACGGAAAGAAAAUAUGAAUGCUUAUUCUAAGAAAAGGGACUGGUAUCUCGGGGAUUUCCUGGAUUCUUCUCUAAGCCUUCUUCAUCAUGCUGUCUGCGCUCCAUGUCGUAGUUUUUGGAUUUCUGUAGUCACCAAGCACUACUUGAUGAUUAGAAUGGCUGGGAAAAAAGUGCUAGGUACCAGAUCUUUAGCAUACGAAGCUCAAUACGAGAAGUACCGUGCCGUACUUUAUUUGGAAGGAACGAAGUUAAUGUAUAUACCGUAUGCUCCCAUCAUUUUGGUCGUUUACCGAUGUACCCUUGGGAAUGAUCUCGUAAGAUUUCCUAAAUGGAUUAAUUAG